AGAACACAAAAAUGUGUUAAAUCUACUCAUAUUGUACAAUCAUAUGCCUAAUGCCUUGUCACAAAUGAAAGCAAGAAUUGAAUUGUAUCCCAAAAGAAUAUACAAAGAGUGGAAGGACCAAUAGUUAAAUUAUCCACUUCAAAGCUUCUCACUUUAUCUUCUCAACCCGAGCAAGCGCUGAAGAAAAAGGAACAGCACAGCAAUGGCGGCAUCUUGUACAUUGAGUCUCUCCUCUUUACGGGCUGCCCUCCCUUCUAUUACCGCAUCUCCUGCGGGCCCCACCGUGUAUUUUCCUAAUGGGAAGCGCCCUUCCGGGCUCAAGCUGUCGAGGCCCAAAUCCGGCCCGAAACCUCUCAAUUCUUUUUCGGGUCUCACUCCUUUGAACCUGAUUUCACCCUUUCUAUCUCAAGAUUUGACCAGAUACGAGCACAGCUUCCCCAUGUUCAGCAACGGGUCCCGAUUUUUCAACAUGAGGCACGGUAGAAAGGUCCCGAAACUCAACAGGCCUCCCGAUCAAAGGCGGGCCCUCUUACGUGGCCUCACGACUCAACUCCUCAAACACGGGCGCAUAAAGACCACGAGAGCUCGAGCGAGUGCCAUGCGCAAAUAUGUCGACAAAAUGAUCACGAUGGCUAAAGAUGGCACUCUGCACAAGAGAAGGCAAGCCCUAGGGUUUAUUUACGAGAAGCAAAUUGUUCACGCGCUGUUUGCCGAGGUUGGGGAGAGAUACGGGGAGAGAGAAGGAGGGUAUACGAGGAUUAUAAGAACUUUGCCGAGAAGAGGGGACAAUGCGCCUAUGGCUUAUAUUGAGCUCGUCUGACUUCUUUUCCUUUUUGUUUCUAUUAAGUAUCUUGUACGUACGGUUAUGUAUUUCAGUGUUUCGGUUAGUUUUGUAUUGAGAUCUUGUUUUCGGUUAAUGUUAUGCGCAAAAGUGACGAUUUUUUUAUUCCUUGGCUAGCUAUUUGUUCGAUCACGAGAGAAGAUAAAAUGUGUUAUUUGUUGAAGGCAACAACUGCAUGUCAUACAGUCCUACAUGUCAGAUAUAACACCAAAAGGCUCCUCUCUUCAUCUUCAAGAUGAACUAUCUCGCCCCUUAGGAGAUGAGCUUCUUGAGCAUCAAAGUGGGGCGCGGGUCGAGAGCUGUCCUUAUCGAGCUAAGCUAUGUUUUUUUCAUUCUUGCUCGAGCUCGACAAAAAUAUUAAC